UAGAUGCCCAAGCAGAUUUUCGGCCCACAUGGGCAUGGCAAGGUGUCUUGGAAGGACGAGACUUGUUGAAACGUGGUCUUAGGUGGAAAAUUGGCUCGGGGGAAUCUGUACGCGUCGUUGAGGAUGUAUGGCUUCGCACGAAUCCUCUGUCAUCGCCAUGCUUACUGUCUGGGAUCAUCUCUUUCCCCCAAAAGGUGGCAGAUUUGAUCUGUAGUGAAACCUGCACUUGGAAGCGUGAAGUUCUUCUCUCCUACUUCACUAAUGAGUCCAUCCAAGCAAUUUUGAGCAUUCCGCUAUCCAUUAAUUUGACAUAUGACCGUCUCAUAUGGCACUAUUCUCCCACAGGAUAUUACACAGUUUUGGAAGUUGCUGUGAAAUCUUCCGGUGCCGCCAAAGCUCAAAAUUUUCUUAUGGAGUGUGGUCAGAAAGUUUCUUCCUUUGCAAACAGUCCUACUGCAGAAGACUUUGGUGACUUCGGCCACUUGCCCUGUCUGCUCAGAAGACCCGGAGACAUUUAAACAUUGCUUUUUCCAUUGCGGGGUGGCUCGCCCUUUAUGGAUUCUUGCUGGUUUUGCAGAUGUCCGUAACAGCUUGGAAAACUUGCAAAUGGAUGAUUCGUGGAAGAACCCGUUCUUCUCGCUCCACCUUUCUAAGUUGCAGAUAUCGGAUGUGGUCUUUCUUUCUUGGAGAGUAUGGAAAGGGUGAUGCUGGACAGUCCAUGGCAGCAUACAAUAUCUACCUUCAGCUCUUCUCCGAAAAUUCUGAUUCCUAGUGGAUGAGUGGCUAGAAGCCAAUGCCGACACAAGUACGGCUCCAGUAUCUUCCUAAUCUUCAGACCCAGCACCCCCGCGCAGGCCCAACAGAGACUUGUCAGGUAUAAUAGUAUCGCGCAUAAUGAAUACGCUAGUUGCUGCUUCCCACGCCUUUCUGGUGCGGUUUGACGGAGAUGUCAAAAGAGAUCGUGGAGUCAGCAUUGGCUUCGUCGGAUUCGACUCUCUUGGCGCUCUUCACUUUGCACUUGGUAAGUUUUAUGAUGGGAUCCAAGACCCUUUCCUCGCUAAACUCUUAGCACUCCGUGAUGCUAUGAACUGGUGUCUAACUCGGGGUUCUUGUCUGUCAAAUUCUUUGGGGAUUCCCAAUUGGUGGUUCUCCGAGUUCUGUCUGGGGAUCGGAAGCACGCGAUGGGAGGAGCUCUGCUAGAAGAUGUUCACAGACUAUUGCAGGCCAUUUGACUUCUGCUCUUGCUCGUACGCUAAUCGUAGCUUAAACAAGGCAACCCAUUUUGUGGCAAAAAAAAGCUCUUUCAUCGGAAUUUCAACUAUUGGUCGACUUCUGCACGGUGUUAUGUUCUGUACUCUGACUAUGUGACUCUUUGAUCUACUUCGUGUCCAUGUUAAAAAAAAAUAUCUUUAAUGGAUUGCAUACAAAAAUCUUCGAUGGAUGGCCCAUUAGGCUCGAUCUUGGGGCCUUGCUGGGUUCUUCUUCCAGUACACAACACGAUGGGUGGAAUAUUGAUGCAUAAUUAAUGAAUUUGUGGUGGAUAUGUUGCAACUUUCAAUUGGUUGAUUCUUGCAUUAUGGCGAGUUAGGUGGCAUGCUAUAAUUAGUGGUUUGGUUUGAGGGUAAAAUAUCUCGGGUGUCACUUAAGUUUGAGAAUUGGGGUCAUACUACUAAUGUUUGAAUAUGGCGUCAGGUACCAUUAAAGUUGCUAAAAUGUGCAUCCGCCUACUUUUCCAUCCAACCCAAAAUUUUAAUUACUUUUUGAUACCCAAAACUUUUAAAAUUAUCCAAAACAAUAUUUCAACAAGUUUUAUCUAAUAUAAUAAAUAGAAAACCUUCUAAACAUAUUAUUACUAGAAUGACUAAUCAAAAUUUUCAAUAAAAUAGAUAAAUUAGUAAAAACACUAAAAUAAUAUCAAGAAGAAGAAUAAAUAUGCUAGAAUAUAAUAAUAAAUAUUAGAAUAUCUAUUUAAACUCCCUAAUUCUAUUAGAAGCACUAUUAGAAAUAGUUAAAAUAGUUUCACCAAAACAAAUAGUUAAAAUAGAACCUAAUCGAUCAUCAAUACAUCAAAAUAAAAAAUGGAUAAAUGAAACACAAUUAGAAAGAAUUAAAAAUAUUUCACUAAUUGAAAAAAAUUAGAACAAAAAGAGAUGAAAAGUAACCAAGUAAUACAAAAAAUAUAAAAGCUACAACAUUCGGUAAAAAAUGUAGAAAAGAAAAUAUGACUAUAAAAGCUACAACAUUCAUGGAAUAAUUCAAUUAUUAGAACACAUAAUGAUAAUUGAAAAUAAUUAUAAUGAUAAUUAAUUCUAAAAUUUCUAUUCAAAAAUUGGUUUGGUAUCAAGUAUUCAAAAAAAGAUUCUAAAUUCAACGAAAAAAAAAGAUUCUAACUAAAGAAUAAUAAAUGAUAUUUUUCAUAAGCCCAAAUGAUUUUUUUACAAUAAGAAAAGUAGAAGGACCAAUUAUGAAAUUUAAAAAAACGGAAUAUUUCAAAAAGAUUCUGUCAACUUUAACGGAACGCACUUAACAGUAAACUUAAGUGAUACCGAGUACACAUAUAAUAAAGUUCAGUGGUACUCGACGCUCUAUUCAAACUUAAGUGAUAUGUCAACCUAAUUCUCAAACUAAAAUUACACCCGAUACAUAUUUAUCGUUUGGUUUGAUGAAUUUGUGACUGACGGUCAUGGUGAUUGGUGGCAGGUUGACGAUGCAAGUUUCAUCGGUUUUGAUGCUGCAUGUAUUAUAAUUUUGUUUUGGCAAGUUCUAUGAGCAUAUAGUUGACCAUAUAUGUAGAGUUACAAGUAGUGUGAGAAGAUAUGAUAUGAUCAGGAUUUCGUCGAGAGUGGGUCUAUUUAGAAAAGGGUUAUAGUGAUAAUAUGCUCCUCUACUAUGAUGUUUUAUCAAACAUGCCCCUUUACUAGUUUUUACAUCAAACAUGCUCCUGUACUUUGUAAAAAUUAUCAAACAUGCACUUUUGUUAAAAUUUUCAUCCAAAAACAAUUAAUCAACGCCGAACUUUGGUUUGGACGACACACAUGUCUAAAAUAUCCCUAAUAAUUUUACUUUAGAAUUUUUUUGGUUCUUUUGUAUAGUCAAAUAAUUCAAAUAAUUUCACUUUGAAGAGAUCCAGAGAUUUUGUUGGGUUAGAUUUAAUAAUGGAUCUUAUAGUAU